CAUCAUGCGACUCAAACGUAGCCGAAGAUUGGCUUUGUGGUCCAUGUCGUUGAUAGUGAUGCAGAGCGGGGUUGCAGGGCGUGCAUGUUUUGCUCUUACAGAACUACAAGUCCUACGGUUCAAUUUGCGGUAUUAGCGUGAUACGCGCGUGGAGACCAUGUCGUACCCAGGACUAUCUGACGAGCUAUCAGAAAAAUAUCCCUCGAAAAACGGGUCAACGCCGCAUAUUGUUGACACUAGACGUGGACACUGUGAGAAUUAAAGAUGGGGUCCCGUAUCAAGGACAACCCAGAGGCACCCUUUGAGGUGUACCUGGAAAUGACCCACCCUGGAACCGCUGGCUCUGAUCCGGAGGUGCGGAGGGGAUUCCCCGAGGACUACAUCGACCAGGAAACUCUUCAGACAGUCCCCAAGUUCUGCUUCCCCUUCAGUGUGGACAGCUAUCUGCCUUGGUUUGAGGUGUUCUACAAGUUUCUCAAUAUCCUGGCUGACUACACAAUCAAAGGCCAGGAGAGUCAGUGGCGAGAGCUCCUGAAGUCACUUUACACACUCCCCAUCCCUGAUCCUGGAGUGCCUGUCCAACUUAGCGUGCAUUCCUACUUCACUGUGCCUGACACAAGGGAACUUCCCAGCAUACCUGAAAGUAGAAACCUAACAGAAUAUUUUGUAGCUGUAGAUGUCAAUAACAUGCUCCAUCUGUACGUUAGUAUGCUUUAUGAGCGUCGAAUCCUCAUCUGCUGUAGCAAACUAAGUACUUUAACGGCGUAUGUUCAUGGGUCGGCGGCCAUGAUGUACCCCAUGUAUUGGCAACACGUUUACAUUCCCGUCCUGCCUCAGCACCUUAUAGACUACUGCUGGGAGAGUCAAUCACGUUCGGAGGAGGUCUUCGUGACCCACCGCUCCAGUGCCAUGAGACAGUUCCUGCAGAACGCCAUCCAGCAGCAGCUCUUCAAACAGUUCAUCGACGGCCGCUUGGACCUUCUGAAUGCCGGUGAGGGCUUCAGGGAUAUUUUCGAGGAUGAGAUCAACAUGGGAGAGUAUGCAGGCAGCGACAACAACUACCACCAGUGGCUAUUCACUGUCAAGAAAGGGGGUGGAGCUAUCUUCAACACAGUGAGGACCAAGGCUAACCCUGCCAUGAAAACGGUCUAUAAGUUUGCUAAAGAUCAUGCCAAGGGGAUAAAGGAAGUCAAAAGUCGGCUAAAACAAAAGGAGCUGGCAGAGAAUGGCUACUCCUCGACAGCAGGCACAGGAGCGGGUACCGGGGAGGAAGACACUACGGCCGGGUCGCCCCCCUCCGCCUGCAGGAAGCCCAUCACAGCGCACUUUGGACAGCCCCUCCGAGCCCCUCCCCCUCGACCCCAUCCUUCCGGGCUCCAGCGCGGCAACUCGCAGCCCGCCCGUCCAUCCAGGCUACUGGUGGCCAAGAGACCUCGCAGCAACGUGGGCCUGGAGAGCAGCCCUGAACAGUAAGACCACCUAGCUACAUAAUACACACACUGAAAACGCU